CCUUCAAUUAAAGAAACAAAAGAUAAAAGAAGAAAAGUGAAAAGAAAAGAAAAAGGAAAGAAAAGAAUGGCGUCACUUGAUGGACCAGUCGACGGAGAUUCAUUUCCGGCGGUGAACGCCACCAGAGAACUGAACCUUGGUGUGCCGGAGGAAUUCCCUGUGGACCCCAUCUCAUCUGAUGUGGAAACCAGCAAAAAGCUCAAGAAGGAAGCAGAGGCAAGAGAAAGAGCAGCAGCAGCUGAAGACGCUGAAAAAUGCAAGUGUUGCUUCAGCGGCCCUCUGGGUACCACGCUCACCGUCGCUGUCGUCGUCGCGGCCGCAGUUGGCGUCGCCUUUUUCGUCACCAAGAAAUUGAAACACGCGUAGAAGUCUCAAGGAACGGGGAUAAGAGAAACCAGAGAACAAAAAUGUUUUGUUACUCGUUUGCUUUUGGAAUCUUCCUAAAGUUUUAGGCAGAUCAUGCGCCUUGAUUUUGUAGGCAUAUAUGUUAUGAGAUUUUCUUGCUUCUUGUACCGAGUUUUCGUUUCAAUAAAGGAACAAUUAAUACUUUUUAUUA